AUGGACGCACACCACCUGCUCGACGAAACGCCCGGGAGAACACGGGCCAGCUUCAUCGUGCGCGCGCUCAGGGACGAGCCGCCCCACGACGCGGAAGCCCUCCACUGCUCCUCCAUAAAGUCCGGCGCCGUGCUGGACCCGCCCGUGCGCACCUCGCUCCUCACAGCCUACGCCCGGAGCCGCCGGGGCGCCGCCGCCGACGUGCGCGCCGCUCUGGCGCUCUUCCACGAGGCCGCCGACCCGGACAUGAUCCUGUGGAACGCCGCGGUCAGUACCCUCGCCCGUAGCUGCCAUCUCGCCGACGCCGUGGCUCUUUUCCGGCAGAUGGCGGCCGUGCUCGGGACGUUCGAUUCGACGACCGUGGCGGUCAUGCUCUCGGGGGCGUCGCGGGCCGGCGACCUGGAGCUCGGGACAGCGAUUCACGCCGCGGCCGUGAAGAGAGGCCUUGCAGACACAGAGCUGAACCUCUGCAAUGCUCUCGUCGACAUGUACGCCAAGUGCGGACGCUUCCGCGCUUCCGAGACCGUGUUCUGGAGCAUGCUGUGCUGGGACACUGCCUCUUGGAAUUCUGUGAUAGGCGGAAGCGCGUUCAACGGACUUUUUGAGGUUUCGGCUCGUUACUUCAGGGACAUGGCCCGGUCGGCGGUUCCGGUGGAUGAGGUGACGCUGUCUUCUGUCCUUUCAGCCUCUGCUCGCGCAGACGAUCUUUUCUCCUUUGGGAAGUCUGUUCAUGGCUGUGUCGUUAAAAGCGGUUACGAGUACACGGCGUCUUGCUCGGUACCGAAUUCCCUGAUAACAUUUUAUUCCCAGCUUGGGUUUCCCGAGGAUGCAGAGACGGUCUUCUUGAAAAUUCCUAACAGAAACUUGGUAUCGUGGAAUGCUAUGGUCAAGGGACUGGUGGAGAAUGAAAAGGUCAGAGAAGCCCUCGGUAUUUUCCGAGAAAUGACAUCAGAGUUCCAGCCAGAUCUUGCCGCUUUGGUUACCGUAAUUUCAGGCUGCGCUGAUCAAGGACUACUGUGUGAAGGAAAAGAAAUCCAUGGAUACGUAGUCAGGAAAGGCCUCCUAAAUGAUGAUGAGGAGUCUUGUAUAGGAAACAGCUUGCUUGGUUUGUAUAUGAAAUGUGAUGAUUUGGCUACUGCGAACCUUUUGUUCAGGGCAAUGCCUACAAGAGACCUGAUCUCAUGGAACACAAUAAUUUCUGGUCACUCAAGAGAUGACACACUGAGAGUAGAGGCUCAGGCUAUGUUCAAAGAGCUGCUUUCUGAAGGUUUAAGCUGCACCUUGACAACUAUACUAGCUGUUCUACCUUCAUGCUCUCGUCCGGAAGACCUUGGCUUUGGCAAAGCAGUUCACUCUCUUGUCCUCAAGAAUGGAUUUGCAAGUGGAGUUUCAGUUGUUAAUGCUCUGAUGCACAUGUACAUAUGCUGUGGGAACUCAUUGGCUGCCUUCGUUCUGUUGGGAAGUAUAAUGGCAGUGUCGGAUAUUAUUUCAUGGAAUACAGUCAUAGUAGGAUGUGUACAUAAUGCACUACAUGGAGAGGCGUUGGAAGCAUUUCGGUUCAUGCAUUCAACUUUGCGAGUAAAUCCUGACAGCGUUACGCUUGUUAGUGUUUUAUCAGCAUGCGGAACCCUUAAACUGCAGUCCCUAGGAAAGUCCAUCCACUGCAUGUCACUGAAGCUGCUUGCAUGCAGUUUGAGGGUUAAGAAUGCCCUGUUAACCAUGUAUUUCCGGUUUGCAGAUACUGAAAGUGCCGAGUUAAUCUUUUAUAGUCUCGGAGAUGAGAAAUUUGUGCUCCUGAAAUUGUAUGAUCUCUGGUUUUGCACAGAAUAACAAGGCUGGAGAGCGUUACAGUUCUAUCAGAAGAUGGAAGAUUUUGCGCCUAAUGAAAUGUCUACUGUUGGUAUUAUAUGUGCUUGCACUCAACUCGGGGAUCUUAGACAUGGAAAGAGCAUACAUGGGCGUGUGGUCAAGUCUGAUCUUCAAAAUAAUGUCUUUGUUUCAGCAUCUCUAGUUGAUAUGUACAGUAAGUGUGGAAGACUCAGCAGUGCUGUCAAAGUAUUUGAAUCCUCUGCUGAAAAAUCGAUUGCCUGCUGGAACUCCAUGAUAUCAGCUUUAGGAUUUCAUGGGCAUGGGUUGCGACCGAUAGAGCUUUUCUGCAAGAUGAUUCAGUCUGGAAUUAAAGCCACAAGAAGUACUUUUAUUGCUCUUUUGUCAGCUUGCAGUCAUUCUGGACUCACUGAUGAAGGAUGGAAGUAUUACCACCUUAUGUCAGAGAAAUUUGGGAUUACUCCUACAGCAGAACACCAUGUAUUCAUGGUAGACAUGCUUGGGCGUGCUGGUCGGCUGCAGGAUGCACAUAAAUUUGUGGAGAGUUUACCAUCCAACGAAGCACAUGGAGUUUGGGGCGCACUGUUAAGUGCUUGCAGUUACACGCCUGAGCUCAAGAUGGGCGAGUCCAUUGCCAAGCAUUUGCUCUGCCUGGAGCCUGAAAAUAGCGGUUAUUAUGUGACUAUUUCUAACCUGUAUGCAUAUCAAGACAUACCAUGCGGUGCAGUCCAGGUUAGGGGCAUUUUGCAAGAUAAAGGAUUGAUGAAGCCGCGUGGUCCCAGCAUUGUUGGAUAAAGGGUGGCAAAUGAUCAUGGAUUCAUGGAAGCUAUGAUUCUUACACGUGAAGACUGGAGAAGUACUGCCUGUGGCGUCAUCACCUCCCAGCAAAAAGACAAGGAAGGUAACAAGGGGAGAGCCCCUGCACAUUGAUCCUUUGGACCAGAGUUCUGGUGAGCUGCUACCAAAUGUAAAGACUGGAGACGUGCUGCCUUGGGCAUCAUCACCUCCUAGCAAAAAGACAAGGAAGGUAACAAGGGAAGAGCCGCUGCAUGUGGAUCUUUUCGACCAGAGUUCUGGUGAGCCGCUACCAUUACCAAUUCAGGAUUUCAUCGAGGAGCGGAGAGCCUACUUUGCGGAGAUCGAUGCGUUUGAGAUGGUUGAGGAGUUCGUUUCAUCAGGAAGUGAUCUACAGUAGAUGUUUUCGACCUUCUGCUUCGUGCUUUAUAUGAAGUAUAUAAGUUGGAUAUAUACACAGGAAAUGGAAGAGAACAAGCACAUAUUGCACAUGCGUAUAGUCUUGUAGAAAUUAGCAGAGUUUCCUCGUAGAUUGCGGAGUGAAGUGUAGUAUUGCAAUGACUCCCUUAGAUUGCCAUAUCCUCCACUGGUAGUAAUAAGCAGUCUCAGUUAAACCUCUGUAGUAAAUAUAAAGGGUGGUGGUAUAAUACUGGUGGAUCUUACAUG